CCAUCAAAUUAUAUUUUUUCGCCAAAUGGCUGUACGCUGCUGUACCAACGACGCAUACAGAAAAAAGUGUUGCCAUUUCGGUCGCUUUGAAGGCAACGAAGAAAAAAAAAUGGCUGCUCGAAAAAUUUUGAUUUUUCAUCUUGAAGCUUGUAUUUUAGCUAAUUUUCUUAGUAACAUUACUACGUACAAAACACAAAUCUAAUAUGGCCGACAAACCAAAACGCCCACUAUCCGCAUACAUGCUAUGGCUGAACAGCGCACGCGAGUCGAUCAAGCGGGAGAAUCCCGGCAUCAAAGUUACUGAGGUGGCGAAGCGCGGUGGUGAACUCUGGCGCGGAAUGAAGGACAAGUCUGAGUGGGAGGCAAAGGCAGCCAAGGCCAAGGAUGAUUACGAUCGUGCCGUGAAAGAGUUUGAGGCGAAUGGUGGCAGCAAUGCAGCCAACGGUGGUGGUGCCAAGAAGCGCGCAAAGCCAGCGAAAAAACCAUCGAAAAAGAGCAAGAAGGAUGAGUCUGAUGAUGAUGAGGAGGACGAGAGCGAGUAAAUUUACAACAGUGGACCUGUCAAUCGUCGUCAGAUGUAUUUCUCUACUCCAAACUAAACGCCCACCCGAUCAUCCUACCCCCCAUCAAAUAGUCUACAAAAAUCAUUAUACAACAACAAAGAUCCGAUCGAAAAUUGCAUUAGCGUGGGCCAGCUUCAACUGCCGCCUUCAGCAAAAUCACCUCCACACAAAACAAAAAACAAAAAUAAAUUGUAUUUAAAUAUAAGUAUUUAAGUUUAUAGUAGUCGUUUCUUUUUUAAGUUCACACAAACGAAAAAAAAGAACGAAACACAUUUGUAAGUCGAGACAAGGAAAAAGUUACAAGAUUGUUUUACGGUGACACGGAAACACCCUUCCCGUCGCCGUAGUGUAAGCAUAACCGAAACGAGAAAAUUGAACUUGCAUAAAAUUUGUAAAGUAAAACAUAAAGUAAUUCCAUUAAAAUAAAAAUAAACAUACACGAAAUUCAUUUGUUCUAAACGAUAAAGUUGACACCGGUUACAAGUAAAUAUGAUGAUUCCUCCUUUGGUGCAACAAUACGAAAUCAUAAAAAAAAGAACUAGGAUGCCGAGCUAUAUGUACGCAAUGGCGAUUGAUACUCAAUUGUAAAACACACACACGCACUACUUAAAACGUGUCCUGCAACACACAGUUUGUAGUACAAAUAAAUAAGAGAAGCUGAAAGUCGGCUUUUUCGAGGUAAACCGAAAA